AUGGCUGGGAGGUCUCUGCUUUCAGGACUCCAGGAGGAGAAGACGGCCAAAGAUCCUGCACCAAAAUUACCACCAAUGCGGCCAGUAGGCCGCCUGCCCAGCAUUGGUGAGGAUCGACCCACAGGUCCUGGUCCAGGUCCGACCUCACGUCGUGGCUCUGUGCUGGGCCUGGCUACAUCCUUCUCUCGGCGCAACUCACUUGUGGGCCCGAGUGCGGGUCCUGGGAGUCGGCGACCAUCCCUGGGCCCAGUGCCUCCUCUCAACUCCCGUGUCAGCUUCUCAGGGUUGCCCCUGGCUCCUGUGCGCAGGGUGGCACCCUCAUACCGCACUGAACCUGCGCCGGGAGAACGCUGGCAGGCUGCGCGAGCACAGCGGGCCCUGGAGGAGGCGCUGGCCGCGAGGCUACACAGUACGUGCUACUCGGGCUUGGAGGCCGGGCCACUGGCGCGUGAGCUUUGCGAGCAGGUGCGCCUUCGCCUUCGCGAAUUCAGCCCUCCGCGCUACAAACUGGUGUGCAGCGUGGUGCUGGGGCCGCGCGCUGGCCAGGAUGUGCGUGUGGUAAGCCGUGCGCUCUGGGACGCAGCCCGUGAUGGGCUGGCCUCUGCCGCCUUCACCAAUGCUUCACUGUUCGCAGUCGCCACGGUCCAUGGGCUGUAUUGUGAGUGA